AUGGCGAAGGCCAAGAAGCCGGCUCGCGCCGCCCCGCCCGCUGCGGAGGGCAAGGCGCCCGCGGCGGCCGCCUCCUCGGCCGAGCCCUCCGCCUACCCGGCCGUGCUUCGCCGCUCGACGCACACGCGCAAGAAGGUGCUCGUCCUCUGCUCUCGCGGCGUGACCACCACCUUCAUCGAGCUGAUGGAGGACGUGCUCAAGCUGCUGCCGCACGCCAAGAAGGACCCCAAGUUCGACAAGCGCGAAGCGCUCUCCUCCAUCAACGAGAUUGCCGACCUUGGCGGCUGCCGCUUUGCCGUCUACUUUGAGGCGCGCAAGAUGCGCGACCUGUUCCUGUGGGCGGCGGCCGUGGGCGGCGAGGGGCCUUCGGUGAAGUUCCUCGUCCAGCAGGUCAAGCCGAGCUCCGACCUCCGUCUGACGGGCAACUGCUUGCUCGGCUCGCGGCCGGUCGUGUCGUUUGACCCGUCCUUUGCCGGCUCGGCGCACGGCGCACUGCUCAAGGAGCUGCUAGGGCAGAUCUUCUCGACGCCAAAGGGGCACCCUCGCUCGAAGCCCUUCCACGACCACGUGCUCCACUUCUCCCUCCUCGGCGGCAAGAUUGUCGUCCGCCACUACCAGGUGGUCCUGCCGCCGCUCGACGCCGCCAAGGGAAGCGAGGACUCGCUGGUCGAGAUCGGGCCGCGCUUCUCGCUGCUGCCGGUCAAGAUCUUCGGCCGCUCCUCCGGCGGGGGCUCGUUUGGCGGCGAGACGCUCUACGCCAACGAGAAGUACGUCUCCCCCAAUGAGGCGCGCUCCGCGCUCAAGCGCAAGGCGUCUCGGGCGACGCGCGGCGUCGUCGCGCAAAAAGAGAAGCGGCGCGCGCGCAUCAACGAGGAGGGGGGGGCCAAUCUGCCGCAGGACGAGUUGCACGACGCGUUUGACUAGCCUCGGUAGACUGCCUCGGGCGAUCUUCGCGGGAGGAUCUCGCCGAGCCGUGAUGGCGUGGCGACGGGCGUCGUCCAGCCGCCCCUAGGGCCCCCUACAGUGCGAGGCGUGGCGAUAGAAAUCGGGUCCUCGGCAUCCAGCAGCCGAUUUCUGUUUCGGCGAGGGAAAUCGGGCAACCAGCAGCCGCUUUCUAUAUACUAUAAGCGAUUUCUGCCAAAAUUUU